AUGUUCCUUGAGUGCGUUACAAGCAGCACGAAUGCCCACCAAAUUUCACUGCAAAUGAACCAUCAGAAACUUAACAUGCAGAAGAAGCCUUCAAGGUGUAGUGAAUGUGGGAAAUUCUUUACUCAGAGGUCGUCUCUUACUCAGCACCGGAGGAUUCACACGGGAGAGAAGCCCUAUGUAUGUAGUGAAUGUGGAACUUGUUUCCGUAAACAGUCAAAUCUUACUCAACAUUUGAGAAUUCACACAGGAGAGAAACCUUAUAAAUGUAAUGAAUGUGAGAAAGCCUUUCAAACAAAAGCAAUCCUUGUUCAGCAUCUGAGAAUUCAUACUGGAGAGAAACCCUAUAAAUGCACUGAAUGUGGCAAAGCUUUUUGUCAGAGCCCUUCCCUUAUCAAACAUCUGCGCAUUCAUACUGGAGAGAAACCUUAUAAAUGCACUGAAUGUGGCAAAGCCUUCAGUCAGAGCAUUUGCCUUACUCGUCAUCAGAGAAGUCACUCUGGAGUUAAACCUUAUAAGUGUAAUGAAUGUGGGAAAGCCUUUAAUCAGAGUGCAUGCCUCAUGCAGCAUCAGAGAAUUCAUUCAGGAGAGAAGCCCUACACAUGUACUGAAUGUGGCAAAGCCUUCACUCAGAACUCUUCCCUUGUUGAACAUGAGAGAACUCACACUGGAGAGAAACUUUAUAAGUGUAGUGAGUGUGAAAAAACUUUCCGCAAGCAAGCACACCUUAGUGAACAUUACAGAAUCCAUACUGGAGAAAAACCUUACGAGUGUGUUGAAUGUGGGAAAUCCUUCAGGCACAGCUCAGCACUUGUUCGACACCAGAGGCUUCAUGCUGGAGAAUAAAACUUGGGAUAUAA